AUGGAUAAGUCUUGGAUUCAUAAUCACACUAGGGGUAGUGUAAAGUAUUUUGAUGGCAUACAUGACUUCAUUGAUGUGGCUAGGCGUCAUGCAGAAGUAGACGGUAGGUCCCGAUGUCCAUGUCGUCGUUGCAAAAAUAGGACUUAUCAUCAAAUUGAAGAAGUUAAGCAGCAUCUCUUGAGAAAUGGGAUGGACAAGGGGUAUACCAAUUGGAUAUAUCACGGGGAGGCUCGUCAAAGCAACAAUAAUGUUAGUAUUAAUGCUAAUGUCAGUAGGGAAAAUGUCCACGAUGAAGAUGGAAAUGUAGAUAAUGUGUUUGAAUUGUUGGAUAACAUACAAAUGGGAAACUUCACUAAUGCACCACAACAAGAAGAUUUGCCUGAAGUUGAUGUUGGAGGAGGAAGCUUUGACGGAUUGUUAAAUGAUGCACAAUGUGAAUUGUGGCCAGGUUGUGAAAAAUACUCUAAGUUGUCAGCGAUAUUAAAGUUGUUCCAUGUGAAGGUUACAAGCCGAAUGAGCAACAAAUCAUUUGACAUGAUGCUUGAUGCAUUUAAGGAUAUGCUUCCCGAUAAUAAUGUGUUACCAAAGUCUCAUUACGAGACUAAAAGCUUGUUACGAGACUUGGGUCUCGGAUAUGAUUGUAUACAUGCAUGUAAACAUGAUUGUGUUUUAUUUUGGAGGGAAAACGCAAGUAAAGAAAAUUGUCCACAAUAUGGUGAAUCGAGGUAUAAACCUCACGAAGGUAAGGGUAAGAAAAUCCCUCAAAAGGUUCUCCGGCACUUCCCAUUGAAAUCAAGACUUCAACGGUUGUUUAUGUCAAAGGAUACAGCCUUAGAUAUGCGGUGGCAUAAGGAGAAACGUGUGAAGGUGACAAAUGAGUUAAGACAUCUAGCUGAUUCAAAAGCUUGGGAGGAUUUUGAUAGUAAGUAUAGUUGGUUUGCUGCUGAUCCUUGUAAUGUUCGUAUUGGAUUAACAACUGAUGGAUUCAAUCCAUUUGGUAAUAUGAGCAAUGCGUAUAGUAUGUGGCCUGUGAUGAUUGUGCCUUACAAUUUGCCACCUUGGAUAUGUAUAAAGGAGCCAUAUAUAUUUAUGUCAUUGCUUAUUCCUGGUCCAACAUCGCCUGGUAAUGAUAUUGAUGUGUACAUGCAACCUUUGGUUGAAGAGUUAAAAGAAUUGUGGCGGGAUGGUGUAAUGACGUAUGACGCGUACAGUAAAUGUAACUUUAAAAUGCAUGCGGCAAUGAUUUGGACCAUUAGUGAUUUUCCCGCCUAUGUGAUGGUAUCUGGAUGGAUGACAAAGGGUUAUCUAGCAUGUCUGAAUUGUAAGAAAGAAACAUGUUCUUGUUUUUUGAAACACGGACGUAAGAUAUGCUACUUGGGAAGUCGUAUGUUUUUAUCGUUAGAUCACAUUUUCAGAAACCAUCACAAGCAAUUUAAUGGCAAAAGUGAAGACAAAGGGCCACCAAAGCAGUUGACGGGUGAUGAUAUUCUAGAACAACUUAACCUCAUACCCGAGGUUAGUUUCGGAAAGGGGCCAAAUAAAAAGAAGCGAACUCGUGAGGAAUUUGAACUUAACUGGACGAAGAAGAGGAAAACUAAGGACACAUUCAAAAGUCGGUUGGAUUUAGAAGCAAUGGGGAUUAGAAAAGAACUCCACCUGAGACGUAAUGGUGAAAAAUUUGAGAUGCCACAGUUUCCAGAUGGCUAUGCAUCGAACAUAAGUCGGUGUGUGAAUGUUAAUAAUUGUAAGAUAUCUGGAUUGAAAAGUCAUGAUUCACACGUUCUCUUACAACGUCUCCUCCCUAUUGCUAUACGAGGAUUCUUAAAUUUAGAUAUUUGUAACACAAUAGCUGAGCUUGGUUUAUUCUUUAAGGAAUUGUGUUGUCGAACUGUCAAAGUGGAUGUCUUAGAGGCAAUGGAAAGGGACAUUGCUGUUAUACUAAGUAAGUUAGAGAUGAUAUUUCCUCCGUCAUUUUUUUAA